AUGGCAGAGCAUGGCAUAAGCUACAGCAAGAAGCAGGACAUGGAGGAGUUCCAAUGGCAAAGGAUGGAGGAAUGCUGGGUGGGCAUCCAACACCAGAUCCAGGAGGUCCAGCUGACCGUGGGUGAGCCACGUGAACUCAAAGAACGAGGACAGCGUCUGGAGCAGGUCGCCUCCUCUGGACACAAAGAGACAUCACCCAUGGAGAGAUUUACCACUUCACCUGUUGUGCAGAUCCGUCCGGUGCCUCAACGGCCGCAGUACAUAUCACCUCAGCCUGUGCCUGCAUCAACCAAUGCCCCAGCCUGUGCUACACCUGCGAGCAACCACCUGUCUCACAACAUGUGUUACCGCAGCCUGCUUCUUCUGUACAGCAACAGCCUGUGCCCCAGUAUGGUUUAUUACCAGACCAUGGUGGAUACCAACAUGCUCCACUGCCACGUGAGAUGCAGGGCAGUCAGAAAAGUGUGCCUGGCCCUGAAACGACUUUUACACAUCUUUGUCGUUUUCCCUGGACAUAAACCUGUCAGGGCCAUCAAGGAGGAGUUCCACAGGAUUGCAGGAUUUCCCAGUGUGAUUAGCUGCAUAGAUGGCACACACAUCCCCAUCACAGCUCCCUCACAUAAUGAAGCCGAUUAUGUGAAUAGGAAGUCCAUUCACAGCAUAAAUGUGCAGAGCGUAUGUGAUGCUGCACACAUCAUUUCCAAUGUGGAGGCCAAGUGGCCUGGAUCUGUUCAUGACUCAAGGAUUUAUCAUGAGUCUAACCUGAGCAACAGACUGCAACGUGGAGAGUUUGAUGGCCUUCUGCUGGGUGACAGGGGUUACCCAUGCCAACCUAGGCUGAUGACCCCAUACCCUGACCCUAAACCAGGCCCCCAACAGAACUUCAACCGGGCUCAAAGCAGGACAAGAGCCCGGGUGGAGAUGACCAUAGGCCUGCUGAAAGCCCGUUUCCAGUGCCUGCGUCACCUCAGGGUGACCCCUGAGAGGGCCUGUGAUAUUAUUGUGGCAUGUGUUGUUCUUCAUAAUAUUGCCACUAUUAGAGGAGAGCAACACCCUGCCCUACAAAUUGAAGACCCAGAUGAUGACCCCAUCCACCUGCCAGCUAUCCAGGACGGCGGUGCAGUCAGAGACACCAUAUGCCCUAACCACUUCAGAGUUUAA